CCGGCCUGGCCUGGGCCGCGGGGUCGAGCGGCCGGUGGGUGCCCGCUGCGGCGCUCAGGACCGCGGGACCGGCCUCCAUGAGUAGUUAUGCCGAUGCCAGGGCUGGUCGCUCCCACUGGCGAACUGGGGACCUCGGAGUUGGGGAACAGAGACACAAGGUCACAGAGGUGGUUGUGGCUAAGUGGUUCCUCGAGUACGAGUUCCAGACACCUGGACAAGAGCAGGCGAUGUGGUGGACGUGUACCAGCGGGAGUUCAUGGCGCUGCGUGACCGGUUGCAUGCGGCCGAGCAGGAGAGCCUCAAGCGCUCCAAGGAACUCAACCUGGUGCUGGACGAGAUCAAGAGGGCCAUGUCGGAGAGGCAGGCGCUGCGAGACACGGACGGCAAUCGCACCUGGGGCCGCCUAACCGAGGAUCCGCGACUGAAGCCGUGGAACGGCUCACACAAGCACGUGCUGCGCCUGCCCACUGUCUUCCACCACCUGCCUCACCUGCUGGCCAAAGAAAGCAGCCUGCAGCCGGCGGUGCGCGUGAGCCAGGGCCGCACAGGAGUGUCGGUGGUGAUGGGCAUCCCCAGCGUUCGGCGCGAGGUGCACUCGUACCUGACGGACACGCUGCACUCGCUCAUCUCAGAGCUGAGCCCGCAGGAGAAGGAGGACUCGGUCAUCGUGGUGCUGAUCGCCGAGACUGAUCCACAGUACACCUCGGUGGUGACAGAGAACAUAAAAGCCUUGUUCCCCAUGGAGAUCCAUUCCGGGCUCCUGGAGGUCAUCUCCCCUUCCCCCCACUUCUACCCUGACUUCUCCCGCCUCCGAGAGUCCUUUGGGGACCCCAAGGAGAGAGUCAGGUGGAGGACCAAACAGAACCUCGAUUACUGCUUCCUUAUGAUGUACGCACAGUCCAAAGGCAUCUACUACGUGCAGCUGGAGGAUGACAUUGUGGCCAAGCCCAACUACCUGAGCACCAUGAAGAACUUCGCACUCCAGCAGCCCUCCGAGGACUGGAUGAUCCUGGAGUUCUCUCAGCUGGGCUUCAUUGGAAAGAUGUUCAAGUCGCUGGACCUGAGCCUGAUUGUGGAGUUCAUCCUCAUGUUCUACCGGGACAAGCCCAUCGACUGGCUCCUGGACCAUAUCUUGUGGGUGAAAGUCUGCAACCCCGAGAAGGACGCGAAGCACUGUGACCGGCAGAAGGCCAACCUGCGGAUCCGCUUCAAGCCAUCCCUCUUCCAGCAUGUGGGCACUCACUCCUCGCUGGCGGGCAAGAUCCAGAAACUGAAGGACAAGGACUUUGGGAAGCAGGCACUGCGGAAGGAGCACGUGAACCCGCCAGCGGAGGUGAGCACAAGCCUCAAGACCUACCAGCACUUCACCCUGGAGAAGGCCUAUCUCCGGGAGGAUUUCUUCUGGGCCUUCACGCCUGCUGCAGGGGACUUCAUCCGCUUCCGCUUCUUCCAGCCGCUGCGCCUGGAGCGGUUCGGGUGUCUCCUCUGCUGGGCAGCGUGCAGCGCCAUGCUUCACUCCUGCGGCAGCUCACAGGCCCCUCUGGCCACAGGUUCUUCUUUCGCAGCGGGAACAUCGAGCACCCAGAGGACAAGCUCUUCAACACAUCUGUGGAGGUGCUGCCCUUUGACAACCCCCAGUCUGACAAGGAGGCCCUGCAAGAAGGCCGCUCAGCCACCCUGCGGUAUCCCCGGAGCCCAGAUGGCUACCUCCAGAUUGGCUCCUUCUACAAGGGUGUGGCAGAAGGGGAGGUGGACCCUGCCUUCGGGCCCCUGGAAGCCCUACGCCUCUCCAUCCAGACAGACUCUCCAGUGUGGGUCAUUCUGAGUGAGAUCUUCCUGAAAAAGGCUGACUAAGCCGAGGGCUUCUGAGGAUGCACUUCGGCUGGCCCUGAAGCCCCCCGAGACCUGGGAGGUUGUCGCUGCUGCCCCCAGAGAGCCAGGAGCGGCCGCCCAGUUUGAAGGGUCUGCCUGGUGCCAUGCUCGCUGGCCUGGGGUCGCUGCUGGCCCGGAGGUCCCAGGAGCUGGUGCUGCCCCCGCCCGCCUGGCCGCGGGAGGAGGCAGGCGGCCCCCACACUGUGCCUGAGGCUGGCCCAUGCUGCCCGGAACCGCCCGCUGCUGCCGGCUGGAGCCAGGUUGUUUUAGAAGAGCUUUUCCUGGGCGCCUGCUGCUCCGGCGCGAACACUGGAAUGCAUAUACUACUACAUGUGCUGUGUUUUUUAUUCUUGGAUACAUUUGAUUUUUUCACGUAAGUCCACAUAUACUUCUAUAAGAGCGUGACUUGUAAUAAAGGGUUAAUGAAC